AUGAAGGUGGCCCCCGGCUCGCUGUGGCCGUCGCGGGAGCAGCUGUGCGAGCUGGAGGCCGAGGAGCGCGAAUGGCACCCGAGCCUGGCCGCCAUGCAGGAGUCGCUGCGGGGGAAGCAGCUGGCCGCGGAGGAGAAGCGUCGCGCCAGGGAGCAGUGCAUCGCAGAGUGCAUGGCCAAGAUGCCACAGAUGAUUGAGAACUGGCGGAGACAGCAGCGAGAGCGCUGGGAGAAGGACCAGGCAGCCAAGGAGAGGAAGGCCCGACUGCAGGCUGAAGCCCAGGAGCGCCUGGGUUACCACGUGGACCCCAGGAGCACCCGUUUUCAGGAGCUGCUCCAGGACCUAGAGAAGCAGCAGCGAAAGCGCCUCAAGGAGGAAAAACAAAGGCAGAAGAAGGAAGCACGAGCUGCUGCAAUGGCUGCUACUGAGACCCAGGACCCAGCAGCCUCCGAGGCAUGCAGCACCUGAGCUUUGUCCUUUCCAAUAAAGCUGAGAGCUCUGUCCUCUUUCAA